AUGUCUGCACAAGCUAAUUUAGCAGGUCUGUACCCUCCAUAUGGCAGUAAUGUAUGGAACUCAGACUUAAUGUGGCAGCCGAUACCCGUACACACUGUUCCCGAAAUUGAGGAUGAAAUACUUGCAAUGAAAAAACCCUGUCUAGCUUAUGACAAGGAGUAUGAGAGGCUAAUCCAUUCAAAAGAUUUUAUAGAAAGACAAAAUAAAUAUCGGGAAUUAAUGGAUUACCUGUCAGUAAACACUGGUAUGAAAAGUUGA